CCUGUAAAGCCUCGCAACGCUCCGGGAGCUGCACUGCGCGUGCGUUCCGUAUCCUCAGAAAGUGCAAGCGAAAUUGGUAUUGAUGCAUCAUCAGUUGCCGGCUUCACUGUAAAUCCAGACUUCUACACGCAUCGUGCGCAUCGUGGUGAUCAACCAACCGAUCGUAUCGAGGAGGAUUCUGAGCGUCAGUUUGUCAAAAUGAAGGCACACCGCCAACUUCCUUCAGGGAGCUUUAUGAAUCUUGUUCUGGGAGUUGUUAGCGAACUUUAG